GAAACGGGACUUCUGUCACGUGACAAUAAAUGUGUUUCCAAUGUUUGCAUUGAAAGCACUAAAACAUCGAUUGUUUGAAAACCGAUGAAAACAUUGAAUUUAAUGGUCAGGUUUGAGACACGAAAAGAGUUUUGAUGCAAAUGUAAUAACAUUGUGUCAAUUGAUGGCCAAUAACUUGACAACUGAUGGCCAAUUGGCCGCAAUCUUAGGUGAUACUCCACGCCGUAGGCGAGCGGCAGCAGUGGCCGCACAAAAGAGUUGGCAACAAAUCGAGGACGAAGAAGGCAUCACUGAAAAUGAUAUCAUUUUUGUUGAAGAAAAGACACAAACAAAGAUACCGACAAUGAAGAACAUAACACCCAUUCGGUUGUCGGCUAAUACAGGCAUCAGGAGUGGACCCGCAGUUAAUACGGGUAUCAGAUCUGUGACACCUAUUAAUCCAUCAAAAUCGAUACCGACUGGCAUCAGGACCGGACCCACUGCUAUACGGGUUAUCACACCAUCUAUUAAGAGACCGGCGCCCACUAUAAACCCUCUUAUCAUUAAUAUGAAGAAAACUAAGAAGACUAUCGAUUCAGAUGUCGAGUAUUUACCAAACAAUGAUAAACGCAUUAGAGAUUUGAGAUCAAAUACAUACGCUAUCAUUGGUAACAAUCAAUUCGCUAAAAACAAUAUCAGAAUAAUUACAUUUGGCGGCCAAAACACAACUAAACUUACGGGACAACAAUUAAUUGAGAUUAUAUCGGAUCAGUCGACCCGAACUAUUAUUAAAGAUAAUAUAAAGCCUGUUAAGAAACCAUUGAUCAAAAAAGCGCAUCCGAAUGAACCCGACGUCUUACCAAUUGUUGCUGAAGAAGUCGAAGAAAUUGUUGGAACUUAUGAUGUUUUGGAUGAUAACAAUAACAGGGAAAAUGAAGAGUCUAUCGAUGACUUGCAAAUGUUAUGCGAGACUGAAACACAACUUCUUGAAAGACAAAAGACUAAACAAAACUUAGAGCAAAAUGAAGAAAUUGAAAAUAAAGAUAACAUAAAUAACAGUUCAACAGUUGUAACACAAGUGAUCAGUAAAAAUGUAUCAAAUAUUACAGUCAUAAAAAAGUCUGAUUCAGUUGUGAAAAUUAAUGGCAAAUUAGAUUCAAUUUGUGGCUCUCUUGAGAUGAAUUGUGAGAGUUUUGAUGACGAGUUCACUGAUGGUCUUUGCAUUGAAUGCGAUGAAGAUAUUCUUAAUGCUAAUCAAUGGAAUAAAGCAAAGACUGAAAAAGAAAAGUAUAAAGAUUAUUGUAAUAUAGUUUCAUCGACAAAGAAUGUCAAGUUCUUACCAGAAAAAGAAGUAACAGAAUCUUUAGGUAUUGUAACGACAACAGUAUCUGAGACAACAAAAGUUAUUACAACACCCGCCAGACCACCACCAACACCAACACCGACGACAACCACUCCGCGAACAUAUAUGACUCGCGGACGGAUACCUAACUUACAAACAGUUCAAUCACUUGUAAAUCCAAUUUCAUCAACAAAUAUAAACACUUCACAAGUUAUUAAUUUACCGUCUGUUCAGAAUUGUCUCCCAAUUUACUCCAAUCCGCUUACAUUGUUAGCAAACACACCUUCAUCUACAGGAUCGUCACCAUUGAUAUUAACUUCUAGUUUAAUGGCCCCCAGAAUACCUAGCGGUGUGCAAGUAUUGCUGCCUUCGAGUGGAUCCAAUCAAUCGACAUACCUAAUGGUAACGGGUCCUAAUGGUAAUCUCAUUCCUGCCACUAACAUAUAUACAACAAAUCAAACUAAUUCAUACCAACAAAAUACACCAAAUAUUGGACAAAGAAUUAGUUAUAUGGCGCCUAUAAUGCAGACAUCACCUCAAAUAGUCAGACCCGCGACCAAUGUAUCGACUGUCAACCGCCCAACUAGAUCUUCAAUCACUGUUAUUCGGCCACCAAAUCCUCAAAGAAUUAGGGGUCCAAACAUAGGCUUUAGGCAACCUGUUCCACGUCUCCCAAAUACUGGUAUCAGAACUCCUAGAGGACGGUCACCUAACCCACAAACUUUAAUGAAUUCUGAGCAACAAUUUGAUUGUUUGACUUCAAUUUUUACAGUAAAUAAUAAUAAAAUUAAUAUGAGAACCAUUUUGACAAUAAAACCACUGCCAGAGUCGUGGCCAUCAAAUAUUGAUGAUCUUAUCGGUUCUCUCGUGAAAUUAGACAAUGCUUUGAUGAGAGAAAAAUUUAAAGAGUCGCCCAUUACAUGGAUGGUUAACUCACGACUAAUCAUACCUCCGAAGUGCAAAAUAUGUAAUAUUGGUUUCUGUAAUCAAGUUAACAAAACAGGCAAUAAUCGCAAUGAGUACUGGAAUUGCAAUAACAUAAGUUGUAACGCCGGGCAAGUGAUUGAUAGACCAAAAAUCUUUAUGGACAUCAAGUUUGACAUUCCGACUUCAAAACUAUUAUUUAUAAUAUACUAUUGGUCCAUUCAAGUUGAUGUCGAGGAUCUCAUUAAAACGGGUCAGAUAGAGAUGGGACCCGAAAAAAUAUUCAACGUUUGGCAACAAUUGCAAAAAGUUUGCUCUUUUGCAUUGCGAACAAAAGACGCCAAAUUAGGCUCUAAAGUGAUGGAUGUAGAAGUGGCCACAAUUAAAGUGGGACAGUGUGUUGUGUUGGGUGCUAUGGAGGACAAAACACGUCGCGUCAAAGUAGCUGUUUUUGCUCUUAAAAAUAAUAACAGCGCCGGUGUUCUCAAACUAAUGAUUCAAACACUUAUCAAAUGGUUGGACAAAAAUAUUACGAUUAAAACAUGCGAAUCAAAGUUUACGACUUUAAAUAUUAACGGAUUUAAAGUACAAAUGAUAUCCAAGAAUGUAAUAUUACCAACAAAUAAAAAUUUGAGUCUCACUUCAAUUGGCGGUUAUCUAACACAUCAUUUGAGUAAAUUUUUUAAAGAUUUUGAUUUGUCGAGCCUUGGACUUGAAAUUAUUCAAAACAUUUUGGAUGAAUUACUUUGGAGGGAACGGUAUGGUACUAAUCCUUAUACAGCAUUUUAUAAUAUCAUCAAACAUAUUGGUGAACAAUGCGGUCUUAGAAAAAAUCAUUAUACGACUAAUAUAGUAAAUAACACUUCAUUUGAAACUACUGAUACCUCUGCAUCUCUUAAUACAAAUAACAUACAGACCUAUAGCAGCAAUCGUGUUAUCAAUCGACAGAUAAAUAUACCGGUGCUUCCAGUGUUGGAUGAAACUAAUUCAGUAUUUGUUGACGAGUACUUCUAUUCAUCACUUAAAUUGAAGACCACUUCUCAAGUAAAUAAUACACAGGAAGAAGUAUCAAAUAAAGACAGCAUUCAAUGCCAUUUGUGUCAAAUGUUUUUUAAUAAUAUUUUAAUUGUCAAACAUUUGUUGGAACACUUGGAAGUCGAAAGAGGUGGUCGAGUAAGGAAAGGUGAUAACAAUGAGAGUGAAUGCAAACACUGUUUAAGAUUUUUUACAAAACGAUCUCUUCAUAUGCACGAAGAAUUGACAACUUUAAAAGUGAUUCCCUUUUCGUGUCGCAUCUGUUUAAUGCCAUAUUAUGCGAGACAACCAUUCAUUCAACACAUGAAGACAACACAUUAUGCCGGAGAAAUGCCUUAUUAUUGUGAUAUCUGUUCAUAUCGUUCAUCAUUUCAGAAGAAUCUUUUGGAUCAUUUUGAAGAUAGUCAUACAAAUGAAUGUCAAAUAAUGUGUCCGUUUUGUAUCCGAGUCUUUCAUUUGGCAAAAUUCAAAAAUUUUUCUCAAUUUAUUUACCGACACAUUCAAAAUCAUUACGCAGUGGCCUCUGUUUAUGACUGCGAAAAAUGUGGCCUCACUUUUGCAACUAAACCUGAUCUUAAAGAUCACUAUUUCAGAGGACAUAAUUUAAGCAAUACAAUUGAUGAAAAGUUUGAAAUACAAACGUUUGUCGUUCAAGAAGAGGACAAAAACCUGUGUAUCCGAGCGCGAGAAGAGGAACUCUUUACACCAUUUUUACCAAACAUUGACAACACUCUACCAAACUAUGAGUCCAACAUUAACUCCAAUAACAAUAAUAAUGAAGAGAUGAGUUUUGAACCAAACAUUUUAGAUUUGCUGUCUAUAGAGCCGGAGUGUAAUAUUGAUAUUUCCGAUUCAAAUACACCUUUUGAAAGUUUCGUAUUACCCGUUGAUUGUGACUACACUGUGGAUCAAUUGAAAACAAUAUUAACAAAUAGUUUCGAUCUAAAACCUAAAUCGGAAGUCAAUGAAGCAAAUGAAAUGAAUAAGCCUUUACUACUUUUCGAUAGUAAUCUUAUUGUUUGUUUUGAGUGCAACGUCUAUCUGUCUCCCGACCACUUCAUUGGCAAAAGUGUUUGCGAAAAAUGCAAUUUUAGUACUCAUUGUAGAAAUGCUUUCGAUGAACACAAACUAAUAGCACAUUCAUCACCGGUUACACUAACGGCAGCACCGGGUGAACCACAGCCACAGCCACAACAAACCAAUCAAAGUUCUGUAUUAAAGAGUUUCUCUCACUUGACUUCAUAUAACAUACACUGCGGUGAAUGUGAUUUCACAACAACUGAUGGAAACCUAAUGGCGCUUCACAUGAAUUUCAAUAAUCAUUUAAUCUCAUUGUGUAAACAAUUAUCACAAUCAUGAUAUCAAUA